AUGAUGGCCGCACGUCUUCUGGGCACCUCUUCCCGAAUCGUCAAAUUCAACAAGCAUUUCCACACAGCCAGAGGUUUGAAUUAUUCCUUUUCUUAAUAGAAAGUACGGAACUUGAUGUUUUAGUUGCUUUUCUGCCGGUGGUUCAGUUUAAACUGUCGGAUAUCGGAGAAGGAAUCGCGGAAGUGCAGGUCAAAGAAUGGUUCGUUUGUGAAUGCAUCUGAAUUCACAUUCAAUUUCUGAUUCUCGUCGUUUUCAGGUACGUGAAGGAGGGAGACACGAUCUCACAGUUCGACAAAGUGUGCGAAGUGCAAAGUGACAAAGCGGCAGUCACCAUUUCCAGCAGAUAUGAUGGAGUCGUCCGGAAACUGUAGGUUUUCUUGCACCUUUUCCAGAAGUUUUGCUCUUUUUCUGUUCAAAAGUCAGCCAUGUGUCAGUCGAAACAACGCACGUGGCGUCUCGGUUUGCACAGAAGUCUGCGUCGCUUAUCUCUCUUUUCGCUGACGGGGAAAUGGAAAUAUCACUGAUCAGCGAGACAGACGAGAGAUAGGAGAGAUCACGGAGAGAGCAGAAAUGAUCGACCAAGAAACCAAAUUGAAUUUCUGUUGAAUGGACAAAACAGUGGAAAAAACUAUUGAAAAGUGUUGAUGUCUAUGAAAAUGUUUGGAAUUUCUGCAGAUACCAUGAAGUCGACGGAAUGGCUCGUGUUGGACAGGCCCUCAUCGAUGUCGAAGUGGAAGGAGACGUGCCGGUGGAAGAACGUACGUGGCACAUAAAGAUACAGUAUCGCUCAAGAACUUUUCAGCCUUUUCUUAUCAUAAAAAUCGGAUGAGAGGACACCAUCCUUUGAUUUCCCCUGGGACUCCCGUCCGUCUCUCCACUUAAUUAAACUGCGCUUCUUGCUCCUCAAAGGGACUUUUUUGCAGAACCAAAGAAAGAGGCAGCAGCUUCCACUCCAGAAGCCCCGAAGACGUCGUCGUCCGAUGCUUCAGAAGCAGCUCACUCCCUCGGAAAGUGCUUGCCACUCCGGCCGUUCGCAGAAUCGCAAUGGAAAACAAGAUUAAGUUGGCUGACGUGCGGGGCAGUGGGAAAGAGGGACGAGUGCUCAAGGAAGAUGUGCUCAGAUUCCUUGGACAAGUGCCAUCUGGUGAACAUUUCACAGAGAGCCCGAGAGGAACUUGCCUUGUUUUCAGAUCACGUCUCCGGAUCCACAAACAUUAGAAGUACUCAUCCUGCUCCGCUCCCUUCAGCCAAAUCAGUAAGAAACUUAUGAGUAAUUGUAGACGCUUCCGGUUUUCAGUACGAAGCGUUAAAGGAAGACGUGGCGGUUCCGAUCCGUGGAUAUACUCGUGCCAUGAUCAAGACAAUGACGGAAGCGCUCAAAAUCCCGCACUUUGGAUAUAACGACGAAAUCAAUGUGGACGCCCUCGUCAAACUGAGAGGAGAACUGAAAGAAUUCGCUAAAGAGCGCCACGUCAAGCUCAGCUACAUGCCGUUCUUCAUCAAGGCCGCUUCCCUGGCUCUCCUGGAGUUCCCGUCGUUGAAUGCGACAACGGAUGACAAGUUGGAGCACGUCGUGCACAAGGCUUCUCACAACGUCUGCCUCGCAAUGGACACUCCUGGAGGACUUGUCGUUCCAAACAUUAAGAAUUGCGAGCAGCGCAGUAUCUUUGAGAUUGCACAAGAACUGAGUCGCUUGAUGGAGGCCGGAAAGAGACAGCAGAUCGGAAGAGAGGACUUGGUCGGCGGAACAUUCACUCUCAGCAACAUCGGAGCGGUAAAUCAUAGUCCGUUUCCCUUUGCAUAGUCCGUUUCCCUUUGCAGAUUGGUGGAACGUACGCUUCUCCAGUCAUUUUCCCACCACAAGUGGCCAUCGGAGCAAUUGGAAAGAUUGAACGACUCCCGAGAUUCGACAGACACGACAACGUAAGUUCCCACUCAUCUGCUUCGGAUUCAAUUAUUUUUCUCUUCCAGGUCAUAGCCGCCAACGUGAUAAAGGUAUCUUGGUGUGCGGAUCACCGCGUCGUUGACGGUGCGACGAUGGCUCGCUUCAGCAACCGCUGGAAGUUCUACCUGGAGCAUCCGUCGGCGAUGCUUGCCCAGCUCAAGUAG